AUGCCACCCAAACGUUUCUUGGGCGCCAAACAACGAUGCCUCUCUUGCUCUACCAAUGCUGCUCUUGCUCUCAGGUUCUUGAACAACAACCGCCUCUCAGGCUCCAUUCUUAACCUGAGCACCCUACCCUAUCUCUACGUUCUCACUGCCUGUCUCUACCCAAACAUAUUGAUUCACACUUCCUCCCUUCUUAAAUCCUUUCCUCCCUCUCUCCCUUCCUCCCUACUCCACUCCCUCCCUCCCCCCCUCCCUCCCUCCAUCCCUCUCUCCCUCCCUCCCUCCCUCCCUCUCUCCCUCCCUCCCUCCCUCCCUCCCUCCAUUCCUUCCUCCCUCGCUCCCUCCUUCCCUCCCUCCCUCCCUCCCUCCCCCCAUUCCUUCCUCCCUCCCUCCCUCCCUCCCUCCCUCCCUCCCUCCCUCCCGCCCUCCCUCCCUGCCUCCCUCCCUUCCUCUUUCCAUUCCUCCCUCCCUUCGGCCCUUCUUCCCUUCCUCACUCCCACCUUCUUUCCCUCCCUCCCUCUUUCCCUCAUUCCCUCAAUCCCCCUGCCUCCCUCCACACUUGCAGAAAGGCAGCGUAGAGAGUUUUCAUGA